AUGCUGGUCAUUAAAAAGAGCAGUACAAAAGAACUGCAGAUUCCUGGAUUCCCUGUAGUAGGAAGUCUUCAUUCACAGACAGUAAAGAAUGGAAAUGGCACAAGUAUUUAUAAAGGAUUAGUCCUUAAACCUGCUACUUCACCCGCAAAGCCUACGCAGUGGAAAAGCCAAGCAAAAGAAAAUAAACUUCGGAAUGUGUUUUCUCAUGAAUCUGCAUAUGGUAUUGGCAAUUUCAGUCCUUUCAAAUCAACUGCCAAGGCAUUUAGAGUAUCACAGAAUUCAAUAAAAGAGUGUAAUUGGUCAUAUUUCUCAUCUUCUAUUGAGAAAGUUGGUCAGCCUCGUUUAACAAAACUGUCAAGAAUGCGGAUUGAUAAGACUGAAUUUUUGAAAGCAUUGAAACAAGAUAGAGUGGAAGAACAUGAAGAUGAGAAUCAUGCUGGGCAAGAGAAGGAUGAUGAGUCUAACUUGCACAACAGCAACAGUCCUCAUCAUGUGAGAGAUAUAAACCGAAACUUUGAAAAUGAAAUUCCACAAGAGAAUGGCAAUGCUCAACAGAUCAUUCGAUCUUCAGCUUUCCUUCAGGCAGAUGUUCUUUCAAGCUCACUUGAAGCAGAGCAUAGGUUGUUAAAGGAGAUGGGCUGGCAGGAAGACAGUGAAAAUGAUGAAACAUGUGCUCCACUAACAGAGGAUGAGAUGAGGGAAUUUCAAGUUAUUAGUGAACAGUUACAAAGAAAUGGCCUUCGAAAAAAUGGCAUUUUGAAAAACAGCUUCAUCUGUGAUUUUAAAUUUAGUCCCUGGAAAAAAAACACUUUCAAACCUGCUCUGGAGAAUGAAGAUUCUGAGACAAGCAGCAGUGAUACAUCAGAUGAUGAUGAUGUGUGAAGAUUUCUGUAACAUCUGUAGAAGCUUGUUUUGAUCCCAUGAAAAUCUGGGGAUGUAUUGUUUGAAAAAAGUUCUAAUUGAUGUAGUAACAUGCCCCAUUAGAGGAAGAAUGAUAGGACUUUUCUCUAAAGAAAGUAAGGAAUAUUUUGUUGAACAUUACCAUAAUUUCUGUGUGAAAAAAUGUAGAAUGAGGACUUGGGUUGACCCAACAUUGAUUGACUUCAUCACUGCAGCAUUUCUGAGUAGCAAUGUGACAAUAUAAUAAAUCAGACUUUCUCAUCUAAUAAUAAAACAAAAAGGAAUUGUGUAAUGUUUAUCAAGACUUGUCUUAAU